AUGAGAUCAAACGACGUGAUAACCAGAGAAAGCUGACGUUUUAGAGUUGACUCAUGUGAGCUGUAGGUUCGCUUUGGUUGAUAUUGGGGUGGAUAGCUCUAAUCCGGAGAUAGGUAUUGCACAGCCGUUUUGUGAUUUAUUUUAGUGUAGUACUGUAUAAUAUUAGUUAAAAGAGUUUCUCGCUUAAUUGUGGUGUAGCCCUAUUAUACAUUGUUUUGACAUAAUUAGCAUUUGUUUGCAAGGUGAUUAAAUUUAGCUGACAAAAAUUAGCUGCCGCCAAUCGAUCAUAUGCAGUAUUCGGUUUUAGCCUGCGUGUUUACUUCAAGUGCUGGUGGCCGGUGGUUGGACAUUUCGCGUCGGUGUGUAACUGCGGUGAAAACUCGCCUCUACACCAAGCUGUAUAGCAUGCAGAUUUGGAUCAGGAAGUGGUAAUUUCCUGCCUGUGUAAAGCGUGCUCAGUCUAGACGAGAUGCGUUUUAAACCAAGCAGAGAGUGAACAUUUGAAUCACAGGUCUUAUGUGGUUUACAGUUUUGAGAGGCACUUGUGUGAAUGUACCAACUGUAAGACAUUCAUUGAUUUUAUGGUUUAAACAGGACAGCAGGCAUCGCAAGUUAAGUGAUAUUAAACUGCAGAUGCUGGUUAAAGAAUUUAAAUUUAGAUAAUCAUAUAACUGUAAAUAUGACAACGCCGCUUGAAGGUUAUGUUGGAAUUGACACGCUUACUGAACAGAUAAGGAAGAAGGCUCUUCGUCAAGGUUUUGAAUUCAACGUUAUGGUCGUAGGAAGUGCCGGGCUCGGAAAAUCUACGUUGGUUAACACAAUUUUUAAAUCAAAAGUAAGUCGUCGGCAGCCUGAGGAAGAUUAUCACACACCAUCCACUGUGGAGAUAAAAACGAUCAGCCAUGUAAUCGAAGAAAAAGGGAUUCUCCUCAAACUAUCAGUGACAGACACGCCAGGUUUUGGGGAUCAAGUUGACAACACUAACUGCUGGCAGCCAAUAAUGCGACAUGUCAACGAACAAUAUGAGAAGUACUUAAACGAAGAAAUUUCAAUCAAGAGAAGAAAAAGGAUACCCGACACUAGAGUGCACUGUUGCAUUUAUUUCAUCCCACCCUCUGGUCACUCACUCCGACUAGUUGAUAUUGAAGUCAUGAAACGGCUGGUGGAAAUUGUAAACGUCAUUCCUGUAAUUGCAAAGUCAGACUCACUUACUCUUGAAGAACGAGAACGAUUCAAAGCGACAAUCCAACAGCAGCUGAUUGAGCACAAUAUCCGUGUGUAUCCUGAUCUAGAAAACCUUGAUGUUGAUGAUGAGACUGAGAGGCAAAGGAAUCUUAAACUGAAGGAACGACUACCUUUUGCCAUUGUUGGUUCGAGUACCACGCAUCAAGUUGGAAGCAAAGCUGUGUUGGGUAGAAAAGCGGGUUGGGGAGUAAUCGAGGUGGAGAACGAUGCUCACUGCGAAUUCAAUCAUUUAAGAAAUAUGAUAAUAAGAACAAACCUUCAAGAUCUUAAAGAAGUUACCGCCCAGGUUCACUACGAGCUUUACCGACACAGAAGGUUAGAAACAUUAAAAAAAGUUCCGCUUGAUUCAGUAGGGUCAACUCCAAGCUCACCGAGUUACGACAUCACCAACAGUGAGCCGAAUCAUAAAAAAGUUGCCAACACACCAAAACUUGGCGAAACUGGGAAGGCGAUUGCAGCAAGCCAGAAAGAAGUGGUAGAAGCAUUGUCAGAAAGCAAAAUUUAACGCUGUUUCUAUAAUUUUACUUUUUUCCUUUACUCACGACAUACGAAAUCCCGCUAAAUCGUGUGUAACCUGUGUGGAGACAAUGAGCUGAUAUAACGUAAGCAUUCUGAAGCAGUUAUUCUCUGUGUCAAAUUUUGCAUUAACUUGUACCGCGCCCUUGUUCUGUAGUUUUAAGCAUGGUGUUCAAACUAUAUGCUAUUCCGCUGCUACAUAAAGGUUUUUACCCAAGGGCACAAAACGCAAACCAACCUGGUAAAAAAAUGAAAAAUAAAACACAUGUUAAAUGUUAGCAAUAUAUACUUGCUCCGUUUUACGCUUACGUUUAUUUUAACCGUUUCCUUAUAACCAAGAGCCACUCACAGCAUUAUAGUGUCGUUAUUACUCUACUGUAUCUUCAUUUUGAUUACAAAUAAAUUGUUAAUCGUUCUACCCAG